ACGACCCCCAAAUAUUUAAAUUGGACACUGUCACGUAUGGCACAAAGCCAGCGUCUUUUCUCGCAAUCAGAGCCAUGCAGCAAUUAGCAAGAGAUGAGCGCGUAUCAUUUCCCAUCGGAGCAGAUAUCGUAUUUCGUGACUUCUACGUCGAUGAUUUGAUUUCGGGAGGUGAAUCUGUAGAAGAAGUUCUGGAAAUCAAACGACAAACUAGCGAGUUAUUGUCCAGAGAAAAUCCGGAUGACAUAGAAGUAUUAACACCGGCUCAUUUUCUCACUGGAGCUCCACUCACAUCCUUUGUUGAGCCUGAUGUUACGCUAAUUAAUCUAAAUCGGCUCGACAGAUGGCAGCGAGUGUCACGCAUGCAGCAGAUUUGCUGGGAGAAAUGGAGCAAAGAAUAUCUGACGACCUUGCAACAACGAGCUAAGUGGAGUGCCAGCAAACCAAACCUUUCAGUCGGUGCGAUGGUCCUAAUCAUGGAGGAGAACGUUCCCCCUCUAAAAUGGCAACUAGCUCGAGUCAUCGAUACCAUCAAAGGCAAUGAUGGCGUUUCACGUGUAGCUGUGCUUAAAUUUAGUGGCGGUACAACCAGACGCGCUAUUAAAAAGCUUUGUCCACUCCCAAUAGAGGAUACUUCUGUUGAAACGCAAAGCCUUCCAACGGGGGCAGGAUGUUUAGAGAACAGCUAAACCCUUGAAAACAACAUUGCAUUAUGAAAUCUAUUUGCUUCAGUAUUUUUUCUCUUCACUGUAA